AUGUUUAUCACCGGUGAUGAAAUGAAAGUAUCAGCACAAACAAUAGAUUAUAUAACUACAAAACCAGCUAUCAUCCAAGAUUCAACUUUCGACGCAAAUUGGGAACACCUACUGCCAACUCUAAAAAUGAUCACAAAUACUUCAACUAUAAAGAAGGAAAGACUGCUCAACGUAGUUGAAUUAAUAAAUUAUCUUCUAUCAGAUGACAUUGAAAAUAAUGAAUGUGAUAAGAAACUGGAAAAAACUAAACAAACAAUUGAAUUCAGAACACCAUCUCAUCAAGAUAUUGAAAGUAUCGCAGACGAACGAUUGGACACGAUCAUCAAGAAAGCUUUCGACAUUAAAAAUUGUGCACCUAAUGCUAUAAAUUUACAGAACUUUGUUCCCCAGAAUAAAACUGAAGAUUUUAGCAAAAUACUAGUAAAAAUAUCGACAGCUUUGGCCAAACUAGAAGAUCAGAAAGAGAAACAAAAGAUCCAAAGCUCCCCAACCGUGAUGGGUAUGUUUCGGACUAAGAAUACCUGUCAGAACAAAUUAAAUCCACCUUUAUACGAAGCCUUAGAUCCAUCGCCUAAACCACAGUUAAACCAGGCUGGAAUGAACACUGUGUCACAGGCAACAAGAUUUACAAUCCCUUGCCAACGAGCAUCUGAUAUUUUGAAAGAAACUUCAAGCUUUGUCGUCCCAAAAGCAGCUUAUUGUAAUCUUCCCAAAAACACUAAUUUGAACUCUAGAUCCAAAAAUCCAAAGUCGAAUUCAGAUAAUCUACCAUUUACGUUAGUACCUAAUUCUUUUAGCUGUGUGGAAGAAGACGAUUCUUUUGCUGUUCUGUUUAGACCCAAAAAGAUAUCUAUGAUGCAAGUUUAUGGAAAUUUGCUUAAGAAGAUAGCUACCACAGUAUUAGUGCCAUACCAUGUAUCUAAGUUGUCUCUUUGA